AAAAUCUUCCCCCGACGUCAUCGAUGAGCACGGCGGCGGCACCGGUUGUGCCCCACAACAGUUGGGCAGACGACAUCUCGCUAGCGCAACGCCUCACCAUCAUCUUGCUGCCUGUGGUGACCCUCUUCCUCAUCUUUGUGCUACUGCGAUGGAUCUGGCCAGUGCCCCAAGGUCAAGCUCUACCCAAAUUUGCCGGCCCCAAGUACGGCGCCACGGACGAAAAGCUAUCGUUGACGUCGAUCAAAAAGGAAAAGUCGUCGCUGUGUGAAGAAGGUGAAGUUGCAGGCGACUACGAAGACAGCUGGGUCAACACAUUCGACAUGGUGUUUUUGAUCUUCAUGCUGUUGUACCUGGCGGUCAUGGUUGUAUUGACGUACUACUUUUCCCCGGAAUACUUCACGGAUCCUACGUUCUGGCUCAUGCAGCUGCCGAAGCUCGGCUGCAUGAUGCUCGUGUCGUUGAUCGGUGGUAUCAUUUGCCGAUGCUUCUGCACAGUUGAUGAUAAGGGUUACAUCAUCACGAACAAGAACUCGGCGUUCAAGGUCAACUACACCCGAAAGCUGCAACAUUUCGCCGCGUACAUGGUGCCUUUGGUCAUUAAGAGCAACUACCACGGCCCGCUGGCCCUCGGUUGGGGUGAUUUCUUCACGAUGUUGGGGUUCUUCGUCCUGAUCAAGCCAUUUCGCGAGAAUAUGUCGUUUUUCAUGCUACAAUUCAACUCGCUGGAUCGCCCCGAAGAUCGACCACAUACGUUGAAGUGGAUCAUUGCUGGAAACAUUGCCCCUGGUCUGUUCAUCUUGCUCUUCUUCAAGUGGCUCUUUGGCGAACAAGGUGCGCUCACGUUCAUUAUCAUCUACAUCACUGGUAUCGGUGACGGUUUGGCGGAGCCCGUCGGCAUUGCAUGGGGCAAGCACAAGUACAAGACAGCCGGUUGCUUUUCGACACGCAAGUACACGCGCAGCUGGGAAGGAUCGGCGUGCGUGUUCCUGUCGGGGAUGAUCUUUCCCGCAAUCCAAUACGCCGACUUUGGUAGCUUCACCCAAGUUCUCGUGGCUAUGUUGGUGCUGCCACCUACAAUGGCGUACGCAGAAGCGACGGCGCCCCACACGAUGGACACGCCGGUGCUGAUGAUCGGAUGCGGCAUUAUUUUGUACCUUAUCACUAAUUUCCUAUAAAAUUAAGUGACUCUGCGACGCUUGUAAAAAAGAAAGUUGUUCCAACA